GUAUUUUUCGCAAUAUGACCGACUCUGAAAGCGUAUCAUUUUUACGCUCACUCUAGCCUAUCUAGUGACAGUAGAGUGACUGGGAGCUUUGAAUGCAUGAACGAGUGCAGAUUGGAUUUGUUAUAAUAAAAUGUGUUUGAAAGUGGUAUUUCGAGUAUAAAUGUGUUUCAGUGUAUUUCGUUAUAUUUUUGGAUAUUAAAUGGAUUAUUGAUGAACAAGAGAUUAAACAAUGUCUUCAAAAGCUGAGGCCGCAAGCUGGUGGAGUGUUGGUAUCGGCACAGAGGAGAGGACGCAACAUGAGCUGUUAUUCUUUAGUCAGGGACCAGUUGAUGGCUACCUCUCAGGGGAACGAGCCCGGGACCUAUUUCUGCAGUCACGCCUUCCUCUGCAAGUCCUCAGCAAGAUAUGGAACCUAGCCGAUGUCAGCCACGACAAUGUGCUGAGUGUGGAAGAGUUUGUAGUGGCCAUGCAUCUGACCCAGGGGGUGUUAUCGGGGCAUGCCAUACCCCCAACCCUGCCCCGGGCACUUGCCCCUACCCCUUCCCCUCUGGCCACCCUCCCCGAUAUCUCCAUGACAGAGAAAGAGGCUUACCGGAAUGUGUUCAACAAAAUUUCACAGGAUCAAAUCAAUGCAAUGCAAGGGAGACAACUACUGCAGGAGUCUCAGUUGUCACCAGAGGAGUUAUCCCUGGUGUGGGACCUGGCUGAUGUGAACAGGGAUGGAUGCCUGGAUGGGGAGGAGUGGGGUAUUGCCUGCCACCUUGUUCGACACUUGAAACAUGGUGGUAAAUUGGAGGGUCCGGUGAAUGUGUUCCAGUGGCUUCCAGAACGGAUUUCUCCAAUCUCCUACCAGGCCAAGAAACACAGGGUUGAAGAAUAUAACACGAAGAAGCAUGAGUUGAUGACAGCAAAGGACAAGAGAAAGAAACAGAUAGACAAUGAGACACAACGGCUUGACCUACUGAAGAGAAGGUUCGCUCUACACAAGGAACUGUUUGAGUGCUUGAAGACAAGUGGUGGGGCGACUAUCCCGGAGGAAGAGUUUAUUCUUUACAAGGAUAGGGAACAAAACAACAUAGACAAAGUCGAGGCUAUUAUCUUCAGGUUAAAAAAGGAACAUGAGGUAGCGCGUCAAGCGACAGUGAAGGCCAUUCUUGGAGAGCAGGGCUCGCUUAAGGAGGACGCUCGGCUGUCCAAGUUGGAGCAGGACGAGGUACGACGGUGUCUUGCCAUUCCGCACACACAUGCUACCAAGGACCCUGACCCCUUCCAUCAGCUGUAUGAACUACGGAGAGAUCAACGAAAACGCAGCACGUUAUCAGAAUCAGAGGAGCCAGAAGUGCAUUUCCCGUUUGUCUUCAACCCGUUUAAUCCCGACACGGGACAACUCCGCCUCACAGGACACUCUAUAUUUAUCUCCCCUGAUCCCAGUGUUCUCAACAACAACAACUCCCACAGAGAUAUACCAGUAUUAAAGGAGCUGUACCAUUUCGCGGAGGGUUUCUUGGAACGCUGGUCCAGCUCAGGGACGGAUAAAUCAGGGAGUGACUACGAUCCAAUAUUCAUGGCGUUAAAUGUGCCCCUGGACACUGGUAGCUGGAUGGGGAUGGGAUGGAGUGAGGGAGAGGGGCUGGAUUCUGGGGUAAUCAGCCUCCACAAAAAACUAGUCGAUCUAAAGCUGGAGAUGGAAAAACUGAAUGAAGAUUCCGGGGGACAGCUGUUGUUUCGUAACCCUGACGAUUACCUCGCUAAACAGAAGGCACAGGCUGAGGAGGAGAAACUAGAGAAGAGCAAGUACCAGCGCCGUUUCCAUAGCGACAAGCGGGCAGACGGCGACCGAGAGUACAAACGUCGGAGCUACAUUCCUACGAGCUCAGAUGAUAACUCUCGUGCGAGCAGAGAAGCAAGAAGCAAAAGACAUUCGCUCAACUUAGACAAACGUUCUGACAAUUCAGAUCGAUCUAGUGGAAUACCAGUUGCACCUGGAAGAACAGGACGGGAGAAGGGAACAAAAUCGACAAAUCGGCCACUCUCUGUGACAACGGACAAUCAAGAAUCGUUUUCUCCUGAAAGUGCCUCUUCACCUCGUUCCAACAAUACUCAGGAAUCAAAAUCACCUCGUUCACCAAUUUCCCCUACACAGCGACCUUCAACAAAGCGGAAAAUUGCCCCACCCCCUCCGUGUCUUCAGCAGGCACAAUCCGCACCAACUGUUGUGGACAUUACUCCAGUCAUCUUGCCACAGUCGAAAAUACCUAAAGCAGUGCAACAAACUAUCAUUGUUGACACUGAGAAAGAGGUUAAUGAAACAAAACCAGAGCAAAUUGAGAACAUUCAGGCCAGUCUAGCAAAAACUGAACCAACCACAGAGACUCCCAAACAGACUCCAGUAACUCCUAACAGACCUCCAAGAAGAAAGAAAAAAUCUGAAGAAAAUAGGUCCUUUUUACAUGAUAUUGUUCACAGCAAAGAUAACAAUGAGCAAGAUAAUAUUGCUGCAACUGUAAAUAUAGAAAACAUUGUGAGUGUUGAAUCUACAGUAGAAGACAAUGUGCCAAGUGCUGUUGAAAAUGAAGAUUCUCUCCUCGAUGCAGUGAUUAAAGAGCUGCCUAGCUUUAAGUCUGAAAUUCCAGUUCAGGAAGAAAGUGUGGCUGUGAAAACCAUUACAUUUCAAGAAACAGUUCCUGAGCAUGAAAAGAAAACUAUAGAAAGUGUUGACUCUCAGGAUGACAGUGAAAUUAGGCCAGUAAAAAUUAACAAGUCCAGAGGAAAGAUUGUUGAAUCAGAUUUAUUAAGCAAGAUCCAGUUCCAAGAUAGAGAGAUUACUGAGAAGAGCGCUAUAGAUAUAGACAGUGAUAUCGAAGAAGAUGUUGUAAUUUCUAAAACAAAUAAGAGAAAAGUUUCAAUGGGAGAUGCUCCAGAUGGUCUGGUAGAGGAAAUUACAACUGUGACAAUAACGAAAACAGCUGAUGACGACUUGCAGCAAGCUUUUGAUAAGAUUCUGACAUUCCCUAACAAGGAUAGACUAAAAGACAAUAAAGAUACAAUAUCAAUUUCAUCAGACAUAUCAUCAACUGGUUCAGACGCCCCUCCAUUGCCGGAUUCUGCCCCACCCCCUCUUCCAACCUUUGCACCUCCAAAGAGUUUGAGUUCUGGGCCUGAGGAGUUAAACGGUGAAAUGGCAGAGGUUUUAGUUGAAUCGAUUGAGCCAGUAAGGUCUGAAGUCGUUGAGACUGCACCAGAACAUACCGAUAGUGUUCCUGAAAUUACUGUAAAGGCCAGUCCGCGAGAAGUGGUCAGUCCAAUUGAUGAUCUGAAAGCUGAAAUGUUCAGUAUGCGUGUGACCUCACCAACUAGACAACUUGAUGGGGAUGUGCAUCUGAAUGGGGCUUUGGAAAUAGAUGUUGGGCACAGAGAUACAGAUUCAGUUUUAUCUGAUGAUGAAAGGCAGUCACUGGGUAGAGGUUCCUUUACACCAGGUCAGCGUGAAACGAGUUACGUGCCUACUGAAACUAAUCAUGAUGAUGGCGGGAUUCAGCUGAUAUCGUACAACGGGAAACUAAACAGUCCAACGAGCGACCAAUCUGGACCAGACUCCGCCUUCGAGGACAUGCAAUCAAGCAUGACAUCGAACGACCCAUUGAGUAACACAAUGGAGGAAAUUGUCAACGAGGACUAUGUCAGUGUUGAAAAAGUCGUAAAGACUGAAUCUGUGCCUCCGAAAAAGGAUACGCCCAAUCAGUUUGUAUUAGAGUUUGAUGAUGCCAAGCCAAAAGGCGGACCGGUGACGAGCCCAACAGGAAGCAAGGACUUUAUGGCGAAGGCGCAGAUGUUUGCUGAUACGGUGCAGAAACCGCCGAAGAUGACGGUGAGAAGGAAGAAGGAGAUAACAACGCCAGACGAACUGUCAGACGAACGCUACAUCCAGCUGGAGGCAGAAAGACAGGCUGUUAUCAGCUCCAGCACUAUGAAGAAGAGGGCCAUCAGUGUAACCAGUGCAAAUGAUGACAGCCCCACAGUCCACUCCCCUACUCCAGACCCUGAAUCUUCAAUACAGGAAUGGCGAUCUGACGUGAGCAAGCGCUCAAGCAUCUCCUGGGACGAUAAACCAGAGAAAGUUAACCUGUACAGCGAUAACAUCAUACAGGAGUCUGAAAAUACUGACGCUGUUGACCGUGAGAGUAUUGCCAACUUGUCUUCUAUUAGGCAGCAGUGGGAAACAAAGUUAAAAACUGGCGAAAAGCCUGUGCAAAGUCAGUCAAAAGCUAAACAAUCACAGCCAGUACGUCACUGGGAAGUGAAACUGCCGACACAACUGCGGAAAGUCCCUGCAGACGUCAUACGUACAACGAAAACAGACUCUGAUUCCGAAUCUGAAAACAUGGCUGAUACGGACAUGUCGAAUGAGAGUGCAAUUGAGCGCGAGAUACGUCUUGCCACUGAGCGAGAGGAAUUGUUACGAAAGGAAAAAGAGGAGCAAGCGAAAUUACAUGCAAGACAGAUGGCCUCGUCAAAGAAAGAGCCUUUUGAGAAUGAGGUUCCAGAACAGAACAAUAACAAGCCGACGUACCACGAGAUGACUGAGGCUGACCGGGGGUCGGAACUACAACAGCGGGAGAACAAAAUACAGCGUGAAUUACUGGAACAGCAGGAACGUGAGGAGGCACUGAGAUCAUCGAACACAAGAAUGGUGGAUUCAAGCCAGUCAUCAGGGGAUGAGGAUGAUAAUGCUAACGAGAGCAUCAUAGAGCGGGAAAUUCGGCUUCAGCGAGAACGGGAACUGGAAAUCCAACGGGAACGUCUUGCCAGCACUAAUAUCAAGGCCAGUGAGGACAUCGAUGAUGAUGAUGAUGAUGAGGAGGAGGAAAUAGUGGAAACUUUCGAAAUCCCAGCAUACCAGCCACCAGUCAGAGCAUCCCCAACACCUGUGGACGUUGUCAGCGAUACCGAGGAACAAAUGGAGGAACGACCAGGCAUUCGCGCGCGUAUUUCAUAUGAGGAUGCAAUAUCGACCGCCGCCCAUGAGGGCGAGAGCUUGAUAGCUCGGGAAUUACGUGAGGCAAGAGAAAGGGAAGAUGAAUUGAGAGCACAGCGGGAACGAUCGUCGCUGGGAGUACCGAGUACACCUACUUCCGGGAGUAAUGUUUCGUCACCUCGAGUACAGGAACCUGUGGUUAAAACAACAGCAGAGAGCCCUAGUGUUAACUAUCAAAAGGACGUUUCCCCAUUCAAACACGAACGCAAACAGUCAUCAGAUUCUUUGUCUUCCGGACAUAGCAGUGAAAAGCCUCAAACAAUUUCCACACCUAGAACUUCUAGCUCCAAUGUUAGAUCACCCUUUGGAAAUGGAGGUAAAAUAGGUGGACUUAAUUACCAUGUGCCAGAAAAGCCAAAAGAGGCCAAACAGCGCCAAGAAACGCCUAUAGAACGUGAAAUCAGGCUUGCCAGAGAAAGGGAAAAUGACUUCAGAAUUUCUAAAGGACUUGCUCCGCUAAAGGACGAAAAGAAAGUUGACUAUGAGCUAGAUGAUGAUGAUAAAGCUAUGAUUGUACAGAAGCCAUACAACCCUAAGCCUAGUACUGGUAAGGAUAACGUUAAAAAGUUUGCUUCCAACCGACUACAAAAAGAAAUCAACCAACAAGCAGAGUUGGAGAAAAAGUAUUUAGACGAAGGUAAAAUUAAAUCAACGUCAGAGGAGCAUGUAGGACUACUUAAGUAUCAAGAAAUUACACAAGAUAACAAUGCGCCUUCAAAGAGAAACUUCAGCAUUACUAAAAAAGGUCAGGAACCAGUCUCGGAGUCUAGCCAGAAUGGUACGCCGGACCUUAAGCAAUCGCCAAACAAUGCCACCCCCGAGCAGACUACCCCGAAAUACGGGCGCAGUAAGUCGUCAUCAGGGGGCGUGACGUUUAGCUACCGGGAGUCAAGGCACAAGGCGGAGUCAAAGAUAGAACAAGAAUUGAGGGAGAUGCGAGAAAGAGAAGAGGAAUUAAGGAGCCAGCGUUCAAUUGGAGGAGUGGUCUCCCCUGCCUCACCGCGGAGCCCCACCAGUACGAGUGUAGUCAACAAGCGAUCACACUUUGAACAAACCUCAUAGUCGUCACAACACGUCAUCACAUUGGGAUACAUUGCCAUAGAUAUGCCAGGGAUAUAGAUUUAGCGCAGCUCUAUGCUAACUUCUUCAAUGAAUGAGUUUGUGUAUGUAGCAUGGUAGUGCGCUUAAAUCUGUAUAUUUGGGUUUCCAGUAUAAACGUUUUCCGGUGACAGAAAUUAAGCUUUUUCUGUCUUUAAUAAACUGUUUGUAAAGGCACAAUUAUCAAUUAGUUUGUUUGGUGAUCCCCAUAUUAAUUUAUAAAAAUGCCUGAAAGCUUUUUAAACAUUUUGAUUACAAACUCACCUGGGAAGUAAGUGAAAGUACAACAUACUCAAACCUAAACAUGUAGGUUGGGUAACGCCAAAUAAACUAUUAAUUGUGGCCUCAAUCUAAUGUGCAGAGAAAUUAGUUAUUACAUCACUGACUGAAAACCAGUAAAAUUUGUGUUCACUAGAGUGUCAGGUUCCCUGGAGUGUCAGGCCCACUUGAGUGUCAGCUUCACUGGUGUCAGACUUACUAUAGUGUCAGACUCUCUAGAGUGUCAGACAUACCAGAGUUUCAGAUCAAAGUAGUGUCAGACCAACUAAAGUGUCAGACAAACUAGAGUGUCAGGCUCACUGGAGUGUCAGACUCUUAAACAAGUAUGUCCAUGUUGCCUUUCUUUACACUUCAAUGUGCCUUAUAUUAAAAUGAUGUUAAUGAAAUGUUUCUUUUCCUCGUUUGUGAUAUGAAAUGGCUCCAAAGCAUGAACUACCAGUAGCUUGUAAGAUCAAAUUUUGUACAAAUAACAACUAUGAAGCUGAUUGCAAGCAUCCACGCUUUGAAAAUAAGCUAUGCAUCACUUUGGUGUCCUUCCAACUGAAUAUAAUAUAUACCCAAGUACAGCCAUGUUGUAGUUACAACAUUUUUGAUCAAAUUAUUAUAAUUUCACAAUUACUGUGUGUAUUGUAACCAGAUAGAUAAAUUAAAUUACGUGUUGACUUUAAUUUUUGCUCAUUUAUAAUACAUAAAAUGCAUUCCCCACCUGUAACAUUCCGACUUAUUUUUCGUCUUACCACUGUUGUAUAUUUUUAUUGAUGAUAUAAUUUUUCUAUAUCAUUUAACCACCUGAUAUUUGAAUGCUAGCUUGUCUAGAAACAUUUGCUAAUAAUUAAACAGGUGCUGUUAGUAGCUUUUGCUUGAAUUCUGUAUCUUAAAGCAUAACCAUACAUUCUUGAAACUGAUCUAGUUUGAUGUGUACAAUUUUAGAAUUCUUGUUAAAUCAUUUAAUUAAUGUAAUUCAUAAAAAAAUGGAUGUUGAAAUUCUUAUAAUUUAUGAUUUUUCACUUGUUGUUUUAGUUAUAUAACCUAUUUUAGACAAUAAUUCCUGUUAUAAUUAUUUAACAAAAAAGAAAUAAACUUUUUAAAAUAAGACAAAAUUGAUCAUUUGGAAACAUGUACCAUGCUUUAACGAAGACAUUACUUUUUAUAUAUCUUGACAAUUUGCUAGAAUAAAAAUGAAUAUAGCUUUUACUUAUAAUAUAGCAGUAAUAAAACGCUUGGUUAGUAGAUAACUUAGAAGUUCUGGAAGAAAUAUGGAUCUGAAAAAGCUUGCUACACCAUAUAUAUUUUUCUAAAUUUUCACUCUUUACUUUUAUUCUUAUCAGUUCUUUGUCACGUCAAUGAUUUUAUAAAAAAUAACAGUAUGUCUGAAUAAUAGCCAUGUUCAUUAUUCAUACAUAAUGAUGCGCAAGUUGUACAUAAUUAUCAUGUUCAAAUUAAUAAAAUUCAUAGCCAUGUUUUUGUUUUAUAGAUUUUAUUAUUAUAUACCCACAGUUGUUUUAUUUCAAUAUACUGUUUUUGUUCAGCUUUUUGUUUUAAUCCCACCUAUAACAUAAAUUAUUCAUGUCACGGUUUUGUUAGUUAAUAAAAGUAAUUCGAAGAAAAGUGAAUUAUUUUGCAAUCUAUAUUUACAUGUACCAAUAUGUUGAACAUGUGAUAAAGAUUGGAUAUAAGCUUUGAAGCUUGUUGCAAUGUACAUGCAGUUUUAUGUUAUUGAUUAAAACAAAGUAUCUUUCAUAUAUUUCAGUUUUUGCCAUCAAUAAUGUGGUUAUGUUCCAUACCAAAUGUAUUAACCUUUAACUUAAAGCUGCAAUGUCACCGAUGGACCGUAUUGAAAACUUUUUAUAGUUUGGUCUUGGAAGAGUCAUAUAAGACUGCUAAUAAUGGAUAAGAUCGGAGUUGUUAAUACUUAAUUUGAAAAUUGAUAUUUAUGUCUAAAACUGUUUCAAAUACUUGAAGAAAACGAAUUUUUCAGCAGUUUUUUUUAAAUAAUUAAGAUCUGUACUAUUGUGAGUUAUCAUUUAUGACUGAAUUAAAGGCAUUGAUGCCAAAAUCAGCUGAUUCUGAGAAGAAAAAUAAAAUCAAGUUGUAAAAUCGGUCAGUCUUUGAGAGUGCAGCUUUGAUGUAAAGAAGUAACAUUGUAUUGAUAAAACAAAGGAAACCACAGGGACAGGCCUAAAAGUCUAAAAACUUAAACAAGGGUUUAAGUUUAGAUAAUAACGCCCCUCUUCUCAAGGAUGAUAUCGUACCAUAACUUUUUUAAAUCAGUAUUCACAAAUGGCAAUAAUAUACAUUUUGAAACCAAUUCUGAGAAUGAAUAUUUGAAUUUGCAAGUAAAUCUUUUCGUUCGAAAAACUAACAAAAAAACAUUAUAAUUAUCGAGUCACCAUCAUCAAUCAAAAAGACCAUUUAACUGUCUAAAUCAAAUAAAAUCUGUUCAAACUGACCAUCAGAAAUAUAAAUUAUAACAACCAAGAAGUAUUGUUCAGAAAAAGUGAUGAUAAGAUACAAUUGUUGAUAAGAUUGGGCCAUAAUAACUACCAUAAAAAAGUUUGUCCAUUUUUUUCGUGUUAAUAGUGAGAUGGUAAUAGAGGUACUUGUAGGACAUACACAAAGAAUUAUUUGCAGAACCAUACUAAUUCCCUAUUUCCUAUGCUUAUAAAUGGUAUUUGUAAGAUAAAUCAGCUGGCUUAGCAUUGGGUGUUAACACUGGGUUGUAUUUUGUUCAAAUUGUUUGUUUGGUUUUGUAAUGUUACCAGUUAAUGAAACUGUAGUCACAAUAGAAAUAGUAUAUAUUCAGAGAAAUUAACUGUUACAUGUAUAUUUAGACUUUGAUACAUAUGUAUAUUAUGUAUAUGUUUCCGUACUAUAACAAUAUGUUAAAAAUAAAAAGUAUACAGAAAAA